AUGGCUGAAGCAAUCCCACUGCGAGAGAAGAAGCAGCGGACUCUACCUCGAACCGAAGUCAAUUUUGAAGCUCUGGAUUUGUCAGGAGGGCUGAGAAUAGUCCUCGUGGGUAAGACCGGAUCAGGGAAGAGUGCCUCAGGAAACACCAUACUUGGGAGAGCUGCUUUCAGGGAAGACCCCAGCUCUGAGUCCGUGACCAAAUACUGCGAGACUGAAAGAGGGGACGUGGAGGGGACCGUGGUGCAGGUGAUUGACACUCCGGGCCUGUUCGACACUGCCAUCACUGAGGAGGAGCUGAAAACCCGGAUAGAGGAAUGUGUGAAAAUGUCCGUCCCAGGGCCCCAUGCGUUCUUACUGGUGAUCCGGCUUGGGGUGCGCUUCACUGAGGAGGAACGAAACGCUGUCAAAUGGAUACAGGAAAACUUUGGGGAUGAUGCUUCUAUGUACACCAUCAUGCUGUUCACUUGCAAAGAUCAGGCCAAAGCCGACAACGCGCUGAAAGAGUGCAAGGAGCUGCGCAGACUCUCCAUCACCUUCGGUCGGAGGUAUCAUGCCUUCAACAACAACGACGCAGACGACCGAUCGCAGGUCACGGAGCUCAUCAACAUGAUCAAGGAAAUGGUACAGGACAAUGGCGGUAAGCACUACACCAAUGAGAUGUACGAGAGAGCCCAGAGGAAACUGCGAGAGGAGGAAGAGCGCAGAAAGCAGGAGGAGGAGGAGAAGAAGGAGGAGGAGAGAAAGAUUUGGGAUGCAGAAAGAGAAGAGCAAGAGAAAGAGCAUGUGAAAACAAAAAAAGUGAAGCGAAAGAACAUUCGAGUGGCGGCUGCUGCUGCUGUGAUGUUGGUGCUGGCUGGGGUGGUGAUAGCCGUGGGGGCCCACACCACAGUGGCCCUGGCUCUAGGGGCCCCUGCAUUAGUACUGGGUGUGCUCUGUGGAAACAACCAGCUCACUAUGCAACAGCUGCAGCAUCACAAGGACCACCGCACUUUCAUACUUCUAAUACUUACGGAAACGCCAAGACCACCGGGAUCAAAGGAAUCUGUUGAAUGA